UCGCAGCAACGCUGUCGUCUGUGCUGGUCAGAUCAAGUUUCAUAACAUUGGUAAAGACACCGGGCCGCGUGUAGAUGAGCAAGUGGCGCAAUGCUUACGCGCACUUAGACAACUCCCACAUGAGUUUCAGCGUAAAUGCUUUAGCUUUCGGUUCGAGUUCAGUAUCAUCAUCAGCACUUUUCUAUGGCUGCGCCGUGCGGGGAUCUGGUGUGGUGCUAGCUCAAGAUUCGAGCUGAAGUUCGUCCAACAUUCACCCGAUGCGGCGACCGAUGAGCCGCGAGGUCACCGUGAGUGAGAUUACGUACAUCCUGCACUUGCCAUGGAACGCGCAUCGCACGCCCUCGGAGACGAGGGGACCAACGCUCGGCGACGUUGGGGACGAGGCCACCGGCGGCGCGAGCCCGCGUCCUACGAAAGCGAGGAAAACUCCGGUGGACGCCGAGGAAACGAGGGCCAGGCGCUCGGAGGGUCAGCUACGCCGCUGGCAGGCCCAGCGCGAGUCCCCCUCCCCCCUUGUGAGGCCAGCGCCCGCUGGACCCGAGGAGAAGAGACGGCAGUGGGCCGAAGCUCAGCGACGUCACAGGCAACUACAGCGCCAGGCCGAAGAAGAACGACGACUGCGGGAAGGCGCCCCACCUCGAGCUGGAAGAAGUCGUAAGGACCCCGAAGAAAGGAAGAAGCGACGUGCCGAAGCCCAGCGGCGUCGCAGGCAGGCCCGGCGCGAGGCCUAUGAAGAACGACAACUCCUGGAUGACGGUCCAUUGCACGGCGAGACGCUGUCGCGCCGGGCCGAAGCACAGCGGCGCCGCAGGCGUGCCGAGCGCGAAGCGGCCAACGCUGCCGUUGGGCAGCGCUUGAAAGACGAUCCCUUCGGCAAUGCCAACGCGGUUGGUGAUGCCGUAGAUGAAAAGGUGUCGGCAUGGAACACAUCCAAGUCAACAAGUACCACCUUCCACUGGGAUUCAUGGCUAGGUUGCAAUGAUAAGCAAGUUGGGGAGGUGAGUCUCUGACAUGCAUGCUUGCACAAUACGCUACCGUUUCUUGGCAACUUUUGAUGCAGCCAAUUGGUUUUGCCUAAAGGGAGGCUAAAAGAAAUAACAGUAUUAAGUUAGGUUGUAUUAGUAAAUCGCACUUCUGUGUUAUGCAGUAGCUACUCUUGCCGUCAGAUGAAGCUUUGUAAGCCAGAAAAGAUGCAAAAAACACAGAUGUGUGAUGACACCAAGCAGCUCCUGCACUAGCUUGCCGUGACAUUGGCACCUCUGAUAUCGUCUCCUCAAAUAUAGUUGAUUUUAUAUGUCUAACCUGCGUCUUAAAAGAACUGAAGACACAGUG